AUGGCGGGUCCUGAUGAGAUUCCUGAGGAGGAGUUUGACUAUGAAUCCCUUCCCUCAAACUAUGGCCUUGGUCGGAACAUGUUGGCCGGUGCAUUCGCGGGCAUAAUGGAACAUGCUGUCAUGUACCCAGUUGAUCUACUCAAGACGCGCAUGCAAGUCUUACAUCCUACAACCGGAGGUCUUUACACCGGCUUGACCAAUGCGGUCUCCACGAUCUAUCGGGUUGAGGGCUGGCGGACAUUAUGGAAGGGUGUCUCGAGUGUGGUUGUCGGCGCUGGCCCCGCACAUGCCGUGUACUUUGGUACUUAUGAGGUGGUCAAGGAAAUGGCUGGUGGAAACGUCGAUGAUGGCCACCACCCUCUGGCUGCUGCUGCCAGUGGAGCGGCAGCUACCAUUGCUAGUGAUGCCUUGAUGAACCCGUUCGAUGUCAUCAAGCAACGCAUGCAAGUCCAUGGCUCCGUACAUAAGACUCUCCUCCAAUGCGCCAGUUCCGUUUAUCGUGCCGAGGGUCUGCAGGCAUUCUAUGUGUCGUACCCAACUACCCUCUGUAUGACGGUUCCUUUUACCGCUACCCAGUUUGUCGCAUACGAGUCGAUUUCCAAGGUCAUGAAUCCUUCCCAGGAGUAUGAUCCCUUCACCCACUGUAUCGCUGGAGGUCUUGCUGGUGCUUUCGCUGCCGGUAUCACCACGCCUUUGGACGUCGUCAAGACGCUCCUUCAAACACGAGGCUUGGCGCAGAAUGAGGAAAUCCGAUCCGCCAAGGGACUUUUCAACGCUGCGGCUAUCAUCAAGCGCCAGUUCGGUUGGAAGGGUUUCCUGAGGGGUGCUCGUCCCCGCAUCAUCUCUACGAUGCCCAGUACCGCAAUUUGCUGGACAUCCUAUGAGAUGGCCAAGGCGUACUUCAAGGGCCAGGCCGACUGA